AAACUAGAAAAACCAUGGCAAUAAAUUCUAUACAUAGCAAGUUUCUAAUGUACAGUGGGUCCAAGUGUUUAAAGUUUAUCCUAAACUUCAAUAAAUAAUUUUUUAUUUGAAAUAAAAACAUUAUUUAUAAUUAGAGUGUCUUUAUAAAUUUUUACGCAGUUUCCAUAUCAAGUAAAAUGAACUGUUUAAAUUUUACGCAGGCGUUACAUUAACGCCUACAGUAUUUUAAAAAUUGUGUAUUAUGUUUUAAAAAAAUAUAUAACAAUGUAUCCAAGAUCUGUAUCUCCACCAAAAUGGUCGAUAAAUGCAGAAGUGACAAUUAACCAUCCUAAUAUGAUAGGUAAUCCCGGUACAACUCGAACUGAAAAUUUAGAUCGUGGGAUACGAAUGACGUAUUCAUUCCAUACAACGCCACGCACUUCAGAGCCACAAAAUCCACUGAAAUCAUCUGCAUCACCGGGAUAUGGAUUUCAACGUGGUAACAUGGUAUUUACAAGUACUCCACGUAAUCCAAAACUAAAUACAAAUCUUUUAGGAGUUAAUAUAAACGAUUCUGGAUACAAUAGUGAACAAUUAUUAUCUCCUUCAUCAAAUCAAAAAAAUUUAACGGAAAAUCGUAAAUGUCGUAGUACUUGUAGCAUUGUUUUAUCGGCCGAUUUUGAUGAACCUCUUCCGAAAGAUUCAUCAAAUCAAGAAUCACCGUCGUGUUCAUCUACCAAUUGUAAUCGAACACAAAGUUUACGAUGUCAACAUCCAUCUAAGAAAUAUAAGAGUCGUAGUGGAUUUUAUGGUUGCGGUGAUCCAUGGUGCUAUCAUUCUACAUAUACUGAAAGUAUACCUAGAUUUUCACCUGUUCCUGAAAGUUGUGAAGAAUGGAGUAACACUGACAGCAUAAACAAGACAUGCACGUCAAAUACAUUGGAAAAAACAUCAACUUCGUAUUUAAAAAAACCAAUUAUGCAAGAUGCUUCGUCACAAACAAUACAAACGCAGGAUCAAAGUACAUCGCCGAUGUUUAAAUCAUCGUUAUUUUCACCAUUCUCAAAUCCACGUAUAAGUUCAGCAACAUCAACAAAUGUGACAACUAAUAAAUCAAGUAAAAUUACGAAAAAAUAUGACACUCGACAUAAAACUGAACCAUUACCCACGAAGUUUCCUCCAUAUAAUUGUUUAGAUAAAAAAAAGUUUUUUGAAAAUUUUCAGGCUAAAAACAUAUCCGAAGAUAGUAACGAUCCCGAACGCAAACCACGAACCGUUCAUAUUGAUGUGUACUGUACCGGUUCUGAUGCCGAUUCUGAUAGUAGUGAUUCAUCGAACUCGGAUAAAGAAAUAUCUGCAUCUACACCACAAACAGUAUACGAAAAUAAUGAAUUACGAAUACAUCAUAAACGUAUUGUCGAUAAUACAGUAUUACCGUUUGCAUAUUUAAAACAAAAUAAAUUAAUAAAAUCAACACCUGAAACAAAUCUUUCAAGUUUUGCUUCAUCCGAAAUGUCAAAACGAAGUUCAUUAUUUUCUGAAAAUGAAGAUGGUAUUAGUUCCUUAUAUCCCUCACAAAAAAGUUCAUAUUCGACAAUAAACGAUUUCGACUCCAGCGCUUCGAAUAUUCCACAAACUUGGUCUUCAAUGUCUACAAGUAGUUGUACUUUGCCAGAUUACGAAUCAAUGUCAACUAGUUGGAAAGAUACAACGUCAGAUUUUGAAUCAUUAUUCCAUAAUAGAGCUACUCCAAUUACUCCAAUGAGUACGACUGAUGCCGCUUCCACAAGUAUUCUUCCAAGCGACAGUUUUGAGUAUACUGAUUCAACAGAUAAGUUACGUAUUAAAAAAAUGGAAGAAUUAUGGGCCCAAGGUAAAACUCGAAAAACCAAUUCAAAAAUUGAACCAAAAUUAACGAUGCAACAGCAACGAAUUAAUGAAUAUAUUGAGAAAAGAUUGGCUAAAAAACCAUUGCCAAAAUGGGAAGAAGUUGAAUCGAGACCAAGUAGCACAAACGAAUCUGAAAUUGAUUGGAGUAGUAGUUUAAAACGUGGAGAUACUGUACGCCGAAUCAGUAAAGACAGUGAAAAAAAAUCAAAUGAACAACAACCACAAAAUGUUGGAAAUACCAACGAUUUAUUGACCAGAGCAUCUUUGUUUGGUACAACAUUACAAGGAUCAACAACCCGAAAAUUAGGGCAUCACAUUGGUCCUGUAAGAAAUCCAAUUUGUACGUGUGAUCAUUGUAUUUCAUACUACAAUGGAAAAAGGGCACGCACACGUUCUGUUGGUGACAAACCUGAAGGUACAAUUAAUUGGAAACAUCAAUUAACUAGAAAUCAAAUUUUACGUUUGGAGAGUAAAAAUCCAGAUUAUACAGAUUUUUAGUGUUUCAAAAAAUAUUUUCUGUUGUAGCAAGAAUUGAUAGUUGAUUAACGUAGAUUUUGAGUUUGAAAAAAACUGUAACAAAUAUCAAAAGUGUAUGCAAAAAAAAAAUUUAUUAAUUUUGUGCAGUUUUAUGCACGCAUUUUAUAAUUUCGUGUAAUUGAAUGAUCAUGAAUUGUUAAAAUUUCAUGGACUUGUUUAUAAUUAAAAUACUCAUUUCUUUAAUAAUUAAAAAGAUUCUGUAAUACCAUUAAACACCUAACCAUUCUAGCAGUGUUUUCCAAACUAUCGGUUAAUAAGUUGUGAAGCGAUUGCAUUUACAAAAAAAGACGAUAAAUGGACGAAUUCACUUAGGCUUAUAAACAGGAUUAUUCAAUAAUACAUUUGUUAUUACAUUCGAAAAACAGUUAUUACAUUACAAAAUUUCUUUGUUUGUUAUUACAUUACAAAAUUUCUGGCCAAACGUUCGUUUGAAUUUUUUUACUUCUUUUGACGCAAGGAAUUCAUGCUCGAAAUUUGCCUAUGUAUUAUUGUAUCAUUCUGUAGAUAUAAUGCGACUUGAGUAAAAAUACUUUUUUUAUUAUUAUUUUUGUGACGAUAAUUAAAAGUUCAUUCACUUUUGACCAAUAAGGAACGACGCCCAUCUGUGUCUUAUUUACGAGAGGGGGUUAUUUUUCAAAAAAAGUUUGGAAUUCACUAUAUCAUACAUACAA